AUGGCAGGACCAUUCGAUCGAUUUCGGUUCGAUGCCAAGCGCAAACGCGACGAGACGGCACUGGAUCUUCCAGAUGUCGAAGCCCGUGAAGAAGAUGCAGAACCGAUUGCCGUCAAGGGUUCUGCCAGGCGGGACAAGAAAACCAGCAGCGCUACUGCAUCGAAGCGCACAUGUUGUUCUCCAAAGCGAAGCACUGGUAGCAAAUGGCAAGAGCGUUGGCACGCCAUCUGCGACGACUGCUUUGACCGUGCACAGCAUUGUGAGCACUACCCUGCACACCGUCUUCGUUUGCUGAUUGUCGGUCACAAUCCAUCCGACCAUGCGUGGAAGACCGGGUACUCAUACAGUAACCCGACGAAUCGAAUGUGGAUGAUGCUGACGGGGACGCUUUUGCCUCAUUUGGGGGCUGGCAUUGUGCCUCCGACGGCAACGAUCGUCGAGCAAAACACAAUGCCUCUCGUCCACGGCGUUGGCUUCACGUCGCUUGGUCUGAAGCCAGGAAACGACGCUUCGAAGUACGGCAAGGCAACAAUGGAAGCCUGGCGGGACAGUUUCUAUCUGCGUUUGCGCCGUCAUGCCGCUCGAGUAUGUCUCAGCGAUCACAUCGGUGCAACAGUUGCCGUCACGAAGCACAAAGACGAUGGCGAGUCGACCAAGUGCCAGCUUGCUCAUGCUCCAGUGCUGAUUGCAUUCUCGGGCAAGAGACAAUUCAGCUGGUUGUUCUCUCCACCACUAGCCAAGAUCGAGAGCUAUGGUAGACAAGCGAGAUUCCCUCCUGGAUGGCCACAAGAGCUUCGGGCUGAUAGUGAGAUCUGGGUGCUUCCGAGCUCCAGUGGUCGUGCAGCAAUGACAACGGCACAGCGCGCGCUGCCAUAUCGACAACUAGCACAGCGCGUUCAUCACAUCCCGUGGCCACAUGGACAUCAAAGUGCAGCUCAUGACGAGUAG